AUGAUUAAGCUUGACACUCCAUCAUUCGCUUUAGGAUUCACAUGUUGCCUGCUAUUGAGUUAUGCCAGUCCAUGGUUAGCCGUAAUUGUCGGUGGAAUACUUAAUUUCAUAAAGUUCACGAUAAUAAUGGGUAUUGUUUUAGGAGCUGCGUAUGUAGUUGGUAUGAAUAGUAAUAAAAGAAAUGUCAAACUGGCAGAGAAAUCAGCUGAAAAAGUAAAUGAUCGUGCCAGCGACAUUGGUACUUUCAAAUAUUUCGAUAUUCCUGUCACAAAAUUGGAUGAAAGGAAGCAUGAGAAGCUUGCCACAUUUAGUGAAAGUUUAAGGUACGAAAAUUUUGUAAAUAUGGCCAAGUAA